GAAAGAAUUAUAAUUAGUUUUUUUCAGAGAUAAAUCUAUGUAUUUAAUAUGUCACCUGAAAAGCGAUCUCGCGUUGAAUACUCGCCACCUGGAAAUGAGAGGAUCAAUACCGUGAUAGAACCCCUCCUCACCGACCUGUACCAAAUAACCAUGGCGUACGCGUACUGGAAGUCUGGGAAGCACAACACCAUCGCCACCUUCGAUCUCUUUUUCAGAAAGAAUCCGUUCAGGGGAGAAUUCACCGUCUUUGCUGGACUUCUAGACUGUAUUGACUUUCUGAAAAGGUUUAAUAUCAAGGAUUCCGAUAUCGAGUAUUUGAAAACUCUGAUGCCGCACUGUGAGGAUGCAUUUUUCUCCUUUUUGAAAGUACUAAAACCUUCAGAUAUCGUUAUUGAGUCGUUGUCGGAGGGUUCCGUGUGUUUUCCUCGCAUCCCCUUGAUGACUGUGACAGGACCCCUAAUCAUGGUUCAACUACUGGAAACUAUAUUCUUAAACUUGAUCAACUACGCGAGUCUGGUUGCAACAAACGCGGCCAGAUUCAGAAUCGCUGCGGGCCGCCGAAUGAAAUUGUACGAGUUUGGACUGCGCCGAGCUCAGGGUCCUAACGGCGGACUGUCGGCUUCUAAGUACUCCUACAUGGGAGGGUUUGACGGUACCUCGAAUGUUCUUGCUGGAAAGCUUUUUGGAAUUCCGGUUAAAGGAACUCACGCACACGCAUUUGUCUCGUCCUAUCUGAACAUGAAGGAGAUUGAGGGAAAGACUCUGCUUCCUAAUCCAGGGUUUAAACCUGAAGGGGACCAGGAUUUUCUUUCCCUGGUCUCUCACCGACAUACUCAAGUUGCAGAGCUACUCAAGCUCAUGGGAACAGAGAGCAGCGAGGGAGAGCGCGCUGCGUUCGCCAGUUAUGCGCUUGCAUUCCCGCACGAGUUUCUUGCACUCAUCGACACCUACGAUGUUUGCAAGAGUGGAAUUUUAAACUUCUGCGCGGUUGCGCUCGCUCUCAAUGAUCUUGGUUAUCGAGCAGUUGGUGUGCGGAUUGAUUCUGGGGAUUUAGCGUACUUAUCAACUUUGGUGAAGAAAGUGUUUGAAAAAAUAGCCGCAAGGUUUUCUGUUCCCUGGUUUACUGAUCUUCAGAUCGUCGCAUCCAACGAUAUUAACGAAGAAACUAUCCUCUCGUUGAAUGAACAGGGACAUCAAAUCACGUGUUUAGGGAUCGGAACUCAUCUCGUCACGUGUCAGAAGCAACCAGCUCUAGGUUGUGUGUUUAAGUUGGUUGAGAUUGACGGUAUGCCCCGUCUCAAGCUCUCCCAGGACGUGGAGAAGGUGACGAUGCCUGGAAGAAAGCGUGGAUACCGUCUCUACGGUAUAGACGGGUUCUCAAUCCUUGAUCUAUUACAAACUCCAGAGGAGGAACCUCCACAGGCUGGAGUCAGGGUUCUUUGUCGGCAUCCCUUUGAAGAAUCAAAAAGAGCUUAUGUUGUUCCGCACAAGGUUGAGGAGCUGUUUGAUAAAGUUUGGGGACCUGGAGUCUGCCUGGAGACUCAGUCCCUGGAAACUACUCGGGAGAACGCUCAGGAAUCCUUGAAAAUACUUCGUCCUGAUCACAAGCGUAGUCUCAACCCAACGCCUUACAAGGUUUCAGUCUCAGAUAAACUAUAUCAGUUCAUUCACAAACUGUGGCUGGAGAACGCACCCAUCGGAGAAUUAUCCUGAUCCGGGCUCUGAACCUGCACCCUGA